AUGCGGUCACUGGACACACCGCACCGACUCGGGCCUUCAAACGAGAUCUGUUCUCUAAAGCCCCUGGGACCGGCUGAAGAGAAAUAUCCAGAUCUGGUUCCAGCUUCCUUUAUCCACAGGAGAGCAGAGUCACAGGACAUAUGGUGGGGCCAAAAGCACCUGGCAACCCCAUCAAAACCCAGCCUGCAGAUUGAAAAGGAGGCAGCGGGGAUGUGGGAGUGGGAAGAAAGGCGCCGGAAUCUCCAAAGGAUGCUCUGGAAUGAUCAGGAAGGCAGCCACGAGAGCCCCGGGACGAUGGAGGUGCAGCCGAGAGGAGCCACGGAGGCCAUUCAGGACACAAGGAAGUAG